AUGAAUUUUCCAAAAGAAUAAGGUUGAAUUGAGAAAUUUGCUCGACUAAAAUAUAAUAAAAUAAUGGAGGCGUUUCAACCAAGACGGCUUACCAAGAAAUCUCAAGCGUUAGCACUUGAUGAAUUUCAAAUGAUCGACAUGAAUCUUCAUCUGAUCAAAAAUGCAGAGGAAAAUGACUCACUACCAGAUAUUAAGGAAGCGGUAACACCAUCAAAAUUGAAACCAAAGGGAUCUAAAAGCAAAUGGAAUAGACGGACAUCUAUCGAUGGCAGCAGAAGAUCCAACAGAAGCAAAGAUAGACUGGGAUUUUCCAGCGCAGAAGAAUUGCUCAACCAGGGCAGGACUCGAAGUUCUGAAGAUUUUUCGGAUAGUAGAAGGAAAUCAGGAGACGUUAAGGCAGUCCGUUCAUUCGAAGAGACCAUAAUGAAGGUUACCGAGCUGAGUAAGCUGGAAGAAUUCGUCAAGUUCGAAGACGAAAAAUCGGAGAGUGCCCGUUUGGUCGAACCAAAAGCACAUGGUUCGUCGUUGAGUCUUGACCAGCGAGAUAUUUGCAGAAAAAAGAACUGUCUGGACUCAAAAAUUCGCCUUCCGCCCAUAAAGAGGACGGAGAGUCAGGAUAUGGCGUGGGAUAUCAAGGGUCUAGGUGUUCAACAGGCUACUGAACAAAAGCUGCCAAUAUCUAUACAAAGGGUUGAUAUGAGGCGAAAGGAGAGGCAUGAUUAUAUCGUCAAGGAAAUUGACCUGAGGAUGAACGAUCUGAAUGAAGUCAUUGAACAAGAAAUAAGAAAAGAAGCAGAAAAUAUCGUAUCGAACAUCCAAAUGAUCAAAGAGAAUGUCGAACAAAUCAUGUUGAGUAUCAAGGAAAAGCCAUCAGUCAAUAUGAACGACAAGCUGAUAAUGAGAAUGCAAGAAAUCAUAAAGCAACUCAACGAUAGCAGACUCAAAAAAAUCGAUUCCUUUUGCGACUUCGUCAGAAAAUUGGAAAAGCAUAGGUCGGAAAGGUUCAAGUUGAUACUGAAGAAUGCCUACAAGGAAAUGCAUGAUAAUAUGUAUAUCAUGCCCUAUGACAUACAGAAAUUCUUCGAGAAAAAAAUCCAGCACCUCAAUGAAAUCACAAUGAAUAAUUACCAUUGCUACACAGAAUUGGAGAAGAAAUUGAAACUCCAGAUGGAAGAAGAAAUGAGGCUUUGGUUUCAAGUACUCAAAUGCCACGAAGCAGUCAAAAAGGCUAUCGUAGAAGAAGAUAGGCAUGUAUACACCAUUCAAGAACCUAUUCGCGCAGUAUCAGAAGAAAUUGCGAGGGGUCCUACCAAGCAGGACAUCCUAAAGAAACUCCAGAAAGCUGACGAAGAUUUUCGUCGUUUGAAAAGGGUAGCGAAAAAACUGAAAUACCUCGAAUCCAAUCCUACCCUAGAAGUAUUCGAGAAUUAUUUCGAGGAAAUAAGGAACGCUGCGACCGCCCUCUUGAAUGCAGGUUUAAUUGGCUUGGAAGGGUUGAAGUUGGAUCAGAGGGCGAUCCAAGACUUAUCAACGAUGCACUGUAUAGACGAGGAGGAGCUUCAGAAAAUGUGGUCGGCUGCUAUCCAAGGAUUCUUGGACACGUUGGAGAGUAAUUUGAAGAGUUUCUCUUACUCAACUGGUAUAUUCGAUUCUUAUUUCGAUAGACUAGAAGAACUCAGAGCUUUGUACGGGCAGCAACUGUUUUUACUUGUGACGAAAAACGAUAAACAAACUGUGCAAAUGAAUAAUGUCAUGAACCUUCUGAUAGAUACUUUACGCCAAGAUAUAAGUGAGGACAACUUAAAUAAAACAAUGCAACAGAUCCAAAGCACUCUCUCGAGCAUAGAUGCCUUAAUACAGAGUCAUCUGAAGGAUGAAACUGCCCUCGUGGAUAAAUUCGUGCAGCUCUCGCUGUCCAACGUCGAUAUUCUUAUCGAUGAACUGGACAGAUUCAUAACACAGUUUGUACCCCCACCCGACUCUGACCCUAGAAAAAUGAAGAAGAGAGCCAGCUGGAUGGACGUUGCCGAGCUCCAAACGAACGACCAUCUCUUCUCAAGGGAGUUCUUGAACUGCCGCUUCUUGAUGCAGGGAAUAGAUAACUGGCAGUUCGGAGUCUGGCAUGCAUUGAUCAUCACCAGGGACACUUCGAAGCAGAUCAUCGCCGUCAUUUUGGACAACUGGGCGAACGCCGAGAAGCAGAAAUUGAAGAAAAGAUCGGAAUUGAAAGUGACCAUCAAUAACGUGAGAAUUCAUAACAUACGAGAGGACUUUUUUAAGGUUAGAUUGGUAGAGUUGAAGAUGCACGAAGAAAGAUUUCAGCAACAUGAGUUGGCUGUUCUAGAAAAAUUAGAUUAUUCUUCUCUGCUCAAACAUGGAAUGAAAGAGAUCUUCGACAACUUCUUGCAAACGCAAUACAACGCGGCAAUAGAUGAAAUAAUGACUGAAUACACAUCCAUCAAGAAGGAAAGACAUGCCGUGGGUUUGAUGAACAAACUGAAUACCCUGUAUUCGUUGGUUUGUCUAGAGAUGAAAACACGUCACGAUUACUUCAAGAAUGAAUAUUUCACCACUCUGAAUGACGUUCGGAAUUCUCACAUAAAAUUUAUGAAGUCGGUGAGGUAAGUUGAUGGCGCAUUAAAAGGAUGGACGCUGAAACUAACAUUCAGUCACUCUCCU